AUGACUCCCAAUACUAUAAUUGGCAAGGACAAAUCAAUAAAGGUCGUAAAAGAACCAGAAAAAGAAACUACGGACUAUAUUUUGAGUGUUGAUUGGGACAAGAACCCACAUAAAGGAGGCGAUAAUACUAAUUUACACUCCUCCGAUAAAACGAUUCUUGUUCAUAGAGCUUCGGACAAUAAGGAAAGAAGAAUAUUGCCAAAGAGCAAUUCCAACUUACCAGCUAAUCUUAUUUACCUUGAAUAG